AUGAUCAAUCAUCUGGAAGGAAGUCUUGAGCGCAUGGAGUCUCGUCUCCAGGACCUUGGUUUCACCGUGGGCGAAAAUGAUACCAUAAUUGGUCCUUCGUCGUCGGAGUUAGUUGGUGAUAUUUCACCAUUGAGGUUAUCAUCCAGUCCGACGGAUCGUAGCCCGGUGGCUGAGGAUGCCGAUGAUGCAGAAUGGGGUAACAUCUACACGAGCCCGCCCCCAGGGUCGACCCAUCCCACAGCAAGCAGAUCGCCAAGCCCUCAUAUACCAAAUAUGUUUGGGCAACCAACUCAGCCACAAGCGGCAAUACCAUGCUUUAACGUUCCGAGAUAUCUUGGGGGUAUACUGAACUCAGGAUGCUUUUCGAUGAUCUCGCGAGAGGGGCUAGAAUGGAUAGCAGAGAAGACUGGCGGCGAAUCCCUUGAUCAUUUAACACGUCUUGUCUUAACGGAGGAGCGUGAUGGGUUUAUGGCUGAUUAUCCACUCCAUUGCAUAUCUCCCAGGAGAGUAUUCUGCCCUCUCCCACCCCAAGAGCAUAUCGUACGUCUUGUGGAGAGGUAUCUGGGGGACUUCAAUGUCACAAUCCCUUUAUUCAGGCGGUCGGACCUUAUCCUUCUCUUUGAAAAAGCACAUCUUGAUAUGCGCUUUCAAAGUCCAGGUCAAUGGGCUAUUAUGAAUGCGGUCCUAGCAGUUGCCUACAUGCUUCCGGAUAAUGGGGUUUCCAAGCAGCCAGAUCAUCAGAAAAGCUGGCUCCUUCUGAAGAACGCUCUGGAGGCUGUCAACGAGCUUUAUCUGGGUCCACCGGAUCUUCGGGGUCUUCAGGCUCUUUUAGUGAUGGUUGUUCUCUUCAUGGCGGCAUCGGCUGCACGCCCUUGCAACUUUUUGAUCUCCGUCGCUAUCCAUAUUAGCGACCAGUUAGGCUUGGGAACAACCGAAGGCAUCUCGAUAUUCACCGAUGAAGAGAAACAGGAUCGGCAGAUAGUCUUUUGGCUUGCUUACUGUCUCGAUAGAGAGAUCUCCUUUCGAUUUGGUGAACCUCCGGUGCAAAAUGACGAAGCGAUCAGCGCAGCUCUGCCAAAAGACACACCGGGUUUUCUCGUCUACUCCUUACCAACAAACGACCAGGCAGGAAGCUUCAGCGUCUUUGCAUCAGCCUGCAAACUUGCACAGAUCAGGGGCGAAAUCUACCAACGCCUCUACUCCGCUUCAGCUGCGGAUAGGCCGUUCCAUCAGAUCCUCGCCGCGGUCGGAGAUCUAGAUGGGAAACUACAAGCGUGGAAAGAUAGUCUCCCAUCUGAAUUCCAGCCCGAAUCACCAACACAUUUCCAUUUCCGCCAGACCCCAAUGUCCAUCGUCCUCCUACACAUGCACAACACAUACCACAACUGCAUGAUCGCCAUUCAUUCCUUAAUUGCCGCACGCGGUAUAAAUUCCGCUCAGGAUCUAUCCGACCAUCCUGGAUAUACCAUUAACCCCGAUUCUCUAUCCAAUCCUAGGGUUCUGCUAUCAGCGUCCCUGACCUCUAAGGCUGCGCGUGCUUCGAUCGGCUUGAUGAAGUAUCUCCCGAAGGAUGACAUCUCCCUUGGGUUAACGAUGUAUUUCCCCGCCGUCGCAUUAAAAACACUAGCCUCGAGUAUCGUUCGCAAUCCCCGCGAUACUGGCCAGAUCUACAAUAUGAGGAUUCUCGAUCAGGCGGAGGCUUUUCUAUCUUCGACGUCUGCAGGCACUACAAGCGAAGGGAUGAAGCGGUUGGUGAAGAAUUGCGCCGAGUUUCGCUCGCUCGCUGAGAGGGCAAUGAAGGAAUGUGUCUGA